CUCCUUCUGCUCCAGUGAUAAAUCCUCAGGCCCCCAACUCAGCCACAGGCUCCUCGGUCCGGGUGUGCUGGAGUUUAUACUCUGAUGACACCGUGGAGACCUAUCUGCUGUCCUACCGGCCAGUGCGGGACAGCUCGCCUGGGAAGGACCAAGCAGAGUUUACGCUGACAGUCAAAGAAACGUAUUGCUCAGUGAGAAACCUUGAGCCAAAUACACAAUAUGAAUUUUGGGUUGUGGCUCAGAACAGGGCCGGCCUCAGCCCCUCCAGUGAGCACGCAGUGUACAUGACAGCCCCUUCUCCCCCGAUUAUAAAAUGCAAAGAGAUAAGGAGCUGUGAAGAGGCCGCUCUGGUCUGCUGGGAGUCUGGGAACCUGAACCCAGUGGACUCCUACACCGUGGAGCUGACCCCGGUAGAAACGCCAGGAGCCUCAGGGGUGACUGAGUCUCUUGUGGGCAUCCCGACCUGCGAGGCGCUGAUCCAGCUGCUGCCCGGGCAGAGCUACGUCAUCUACGUGCGAGCCCUCAACGUGGGGGGCCCCAGCGCCCGGAGCGAGUCUGCCACGGUGCACACCACAGGAAGCUCCUUUCACCUGAACAAGGACACCUGCCAUCCGUGGCUGACUGUUUCUGAAGAUGGGUUUACGGUGGUUCGGAGUGAAAGGAAAACCCUCGCCAGGGAGCCACUACCCAGCAAUACCCGGUUUACCAGGUGUGUUGCUGUCAUGGGAAAUUUAAUUCCCGUCCGAGGACGCCACUACUGGGAGGUGGAGGUGGACGAGCGUGUGGACUACACUGUUGGUGUGGCCUUUGAAGACGUCCCGAAACAGGAGGACCUGGGAGCGAACUGCCUUUCCUGGUGCAUGAGACACACAUUUGCCUCAUCCAGGCACAAGUAUGAAUUUCUACACAACAGGACAACUCCAGAUAUAAGAAUCACAGUCUCCCCCAGGAAGAUUGGCAUUCUGUUAGACUAUGAAAACUCACGACUGUCGUUUUUCAAUGCAGACAUCCCUCAGCACCUAUACACUUUCAGCUGUCAACUUCACCAGUUUGUACAUCCCUGUUUUUCCUUGGAAAAGCCUGGCUGUCUGAAGAUACAUAAUGGUAUUGCAAAGCCAAAGCACGUCACUUUCUACUAGGCCUUCCUGCCGUCCAGCCUCCGGCCUCUCUCCUCGGCCUCCCCCUCAGCCUCUCGCCCCGGCAGUCUGCUCGUGAAUGAGCACCACACUCCCAGCAUUAUCGUGGGUCCUUAUUACCUGGCAGACUGGUGUGUGGGCACCAGUGCACCUGACCUGGAUUCUAGCUCUAUGCAUUGCUGCCUGCAGGAUGCUAGGGUAGUCAUGAGGACUGGACUAAAGGAACUCACAGGGCUCUCAGGUGCUCAAACUACGUGUGUAUGUGCAGAGCAUCUGAGUCUCCCAGUCCUUCGGAGCCUGUGCGGCGGUCGUCUUCUUAAUGGCUUCAGUUCCUGUACACGUGUGACAUUCUCCAGCCGUCAGGAACACAGAUGAGGAGGUGAGAAGCUGUUCAGUGAACCAGCCCUUCUCAAUGCCUUCUGCCCUCCUGUUCCCGACAGUAGCACUGCUGUGGUGAGGUUCCUCCCACUGCACUAACGCCCUGUCCUCUUCUCAGUUCUCACCACUCUAACUUUGGGAUCACCUCUGUGAUGCCUAAUUCCAUGAAGGCAAGGACAGUGUCCACCUUAUUCCUCACUUGAGCCUCAGGCUAUCAUGUCAGCUGUACACCAAAUAAAGCUAUGUGCAGUCAUGAAUCCUGUCUUCAUGCAACCACUGCUCUCCAUGAGAAGGAGGCAGAGCUCCUUCCUGGCUGCAACAAAGGACCCACAGCCAGGGGGUGAAGGAAACCUGAAGGGAGGCAGUAUGGAGGAGCAGAGGGGCAGCUAUGCUUGAUGGCAAGAAUGGGAAAACAGUGUGUGACUUGCUGCUACACACAGCACAUGCGGUCCACACCUGAAUGUUCUUUGCUGGGUAUGCUGAGGGGACACUGGGACAUGAGCAUAAAGAAGACAUUACAGCCGGGUGUGGCAGCUCACACCUGUAAUCCAAGCUGCUCAGGAUUGUGGCUGGAGGCCAGGCUGAGCAAAAGGUUCACAUGACAUCAUCUCUGCCAAUAGAAAUAGGAUCAAGGUCCAGGUUAAAUGUGAGAGUCUACUGAAUAAUGACAGAGGGGCGAAUUUAACUAAGAUAUAGUCUAAGCACUUUUGUAAAUGUCACAGUGCAUCCCCAGUACAAUAUAGUAAUAAAAAAGGAAAACUAAAGCAAAAGGAGCCAGGGUACAUGGCUUAAGAGGUAGAGCACCUGCCUAGCACAAGGCCCUGAGUUCAAAUCCCAGGACCACCAAAACAAAAAAACAAACUAUAGUUGUAACUGAUUCUAGGAACUGCCUACAAUGUAGAGCUAGAUCUGAAACAAGGAGACCUGGGUUUGUGCUACUUUUUGACUACUCUGCCUUAUGACCCUGGAAAAGUCACCUUACGUUCCACAUCCAUUUCCCUUCAAACAAAGGGAAAAAGAUUUGUCUCAUGGGAUUGGAAGAUUUAAUGGCAAACCUGAGAGAAACUUACAAUACCAGUAUGCAGUAAAUGCAGUGUUUUAAAGAAAUCAGCCCACUCAGGCACCAAAGUGGCCUCUAGCUGGUGGCUCUCCAGCCUCCUGCCUCACUGUCUCCAGGCCCCUGGUACCUGGGUGUCCAGCUUUCCAGCUCAUGUUUCCAGCUGCCACUGAAGCUCUGCACACAGCACAGUCAAAGCUUAUGAAUAAAACCUCCAUCUAUGAAGCAGUUACUGAGACCAUCUGGCACUAUGCCCUGUGGCUGCCUCUAAACACAGAUGUGCCUAAUCUCAUCACCGAGCUUUGUAAACCCUUUGUAAAUCUUUCCCUUUCAAGCUUUUCAUGUUUUCUGGCACUGACACUCUUGUCCACUGACUUGUUGGUACACACAGCAGCUCAGAUUCCCGAGUUAACCACCUGCCCUGACAGCUUAGUGACUGUCCCUUACAUAUACACCUGCCCUGAAGCUGGGGCAUGUGCCUUGCAACAAGGACACAUGUAAGCACAGAAAUGGUUUAGUUACACGCAAGCUUUCGGUAGCUGAGCAUGUAUGUAUGUACACAUGUGUCUAUGUUCAUACCCGCACACACGUGCUCAGCUACGCAAACAGAAACUACCAAUGGGAAUUUGACAUCGUAAUAAGGCUUCUACUAGGCUUCUGGAGUAUUUCAUACUGCAAUAUGUACAUAGGUGAAUAGAUACGGGGGAUAAAAACAUGACACCUGAAAGAUUUUAAUAAAAUUUUUAUUUGACCAAGAGAAAACUACCUAGAAUUAUCUUUGACACUUAAAAGCCAGUUUAAAAGACAGAGGAUCAAGUUCAAAUAUCACAAUUAUUCAGCACAAAGGACUUUUGCUUAAACGCCUUUCUCAUCUUCUGCAAAAAGAAAAAGUGAGUGUAGAACAAAGCCCCAAACCUUGUGUUUCUUGUAAGACAUUCCAGUUUCUUAAAACCCCAUGAUCAAUCUGAUGAAACUAAAUGCCCACAAGGGCAGAGUUUACCUCAUGGCCGUGUCCACGUGCAACCUGCUGGUACAUCUGUUAAAAACAAAAUGGAAAAGAUUUCUUAAACAUUGACCACUGUCACCACAAUCCCUGUUCUGAGCAGUUAAAAAUGCUAUGAAACCUGCUCUCCGGGCUUUGCCUGUGGCACUUUGUAACUCCCUCCUCAUCUCAAUGGGUGGGAAAAGAGAGGGCGUAAGACACUACUAGCAAGGGCUUAAUAGUCAGAAUAUUCAGAACCUAUUAGAUGGUUAGUGACUUAGGAUAUAAAAUGACACUGGUUCCUGAUAAAAUUAAAUUGCUUUUUAUUUAGGAAAGUGUAGGUUUAAUAAAUUAGUGUCCUGCUGAUUCACAUGACACUCGAUCACUUGUAGACGCCCACUUGGUCACCAGUGUGAAGCAGAGCUAAGGCAGGGGCAGUGGGCCACCUUCCCAAUCCUCUCAGCCUCCAAGUUCUGCUAAAAUCGUCUUACACAACUCGCACUCUGGAAGUGGCCCACUGCACAAUUCACUGUGUCAUUCUGUAAACUAACUGUACUGGUCUCUAUCCAAGGAAGUUCAGCUUCUAGAAAAUUCUCUGGACUCUACGAAGACUGCACUGCAGUGAAGUCUUCUCUU